UCGUGAAUAGGAAUAACAACAGAUCGAUUCUAUGUCAAUGUUCUACUGCGCUUAAUAACAAACACACCAACGAAAACAAAAGAUAAAUAUACGUAGCCACUAUCCAGGAAUAUAUACAGCAUUUCGGUCCUAUGUCAAUGUUCUACUGCGCUUAAUAACAAACACACCAACGAAAACAAAGGAGAAAUACGUGUAGCCACUCUCCAUGAAUAUAUACACGUAGUAGUAGUAAGAAUAACAGCAAUUCGGUCCUAUACCAAUGUUCUGCUUCACUGAAUAACAAUUAAACACCAACGAAAGCAUAACAAAACAGAAAUACACGUAGGCCACACAAUACCCAUGAAUACAUACACGUAAUAGUAUAAUAGUAGGUUAUCAAAAUGAACUGCUAUGAUAGACGGUAUGUAUACAGUGCCUGGCGUGUUCCUUGGGUUAUAACAAGUGUCGUGCGUGCAGAGAUCGAAAAGACAACGCAGUAUGCAAAUAAGGAGACAGGAUCUGCAAACAUAACCUCUAGUGCUGACUGUCAAUGUGUUGGGGUGGAAGAGCCAGAAGCGAAGAGGAGCUAGGGACGAGAGUAAACAAGGGAAGACAUGAUAUACAAACAUCUUCAGCGCUUCAGUGACUAAUGGGUGACUGUAGUGAUGGGAUUAUCAUUUCCGAACCUCUCGUGGACUUUUCCUCCUGAUAAUGUCUUAGAAAACGUUCAGUAUAAGGGUAGUAAGGAGACACGAUUUACAUACAACAUCCGUGCUUCGAUUCUGUGACUAAGGAGCUGGGAGUGUCAUUUCCGAACCUCUUGUAGACUUUUCCUUCUCAUAACCUCUUGGGAAACCUUCAAUCAGGGUAGCAAGUUGAAGAAACCAUUUACAUAUAGCCUCAGUGCCUCGAUUUUGUGACUCAAGUGCUGGGAGUGUCAUUUUCGAACCCCUUGUGGACUUUUCCUUCUGUUAACCUCUUGAGAAACAUUCAAAUAGGGUAGUAAGUUAGGCGACACGAUUCACAAACAACCUCAGUGCCUCGAUUAUUUGACUAAAGUACUAGUGGAAGCGUCAUUUCCGGGUCUAUCUAUCCCUUUAUGAUCUUUCCCCUCUGAUUACGUCCUGAGAAACGUUGAAUCAUGGUAUCAAAUCAGAGACGUGAUUUACAUAUACCUCACAGUCUUGAUUUUAUGACUCACAUGCUUGAAGUCUCAUAUCCGGGCCUGCUAUCGUCUUGUGAUCUCUUCCUUCUGAUAAUGUCUUGAUAAACCUUUCAGUCAGGGUAGUAACAUCGCCUUGCAUUCGGACUAUACUCAUUUCCGUUCUCUAUCGUUAUUUGCAGCAUAGGAAACAGGGCAAGGGACAAAAUGAUAGACUGAAACCGUCCUCAAAACAAAAUGCUGCUUCAGUGCGGAGUGGACUAAGGAAGACGGACGCUGAGAGUGAAAUAUACCCCAGGAAAUGAUGGGAACUUUUUGGCAUGUGUCCGGGUCCACCAUAGAAGCCUUCCCAACACUUCCCUUAACCUGACUGCUGGAAAUUAAGAGACGUGGGGCAGUGAGAGAGUGUCCUCCUCUAGACAUCCAUUCCUCGCCCUCUCCGCCUUCGUCCCAACCCGCCAUGGCCACCGUCCGUCUACUACCGCUUCUGCUCCUGUUCUUGUACCUGUGUCUCGCCCCCUCCUCCGCCGCCGCCGCUCCAGCAGUGCCCGCGCCGCCAACAAAAUGCCUGGCGACGACGCAGACGGAGGUACAAUGGGCGUGGCCUCCCCUGGUGGUGGAGAUCCGAGCCUGGGCCGAUCCUACGCUUCCUGACGCGCCGAUUCUUCAAGUAACCGACCCUGACACCUCCAGCGGGUCUUCUCUAGCUAUCCUAUACUCAGAAGGGGUGAAGGUGGAUAAGGGAGUGAAAGAGAGGUGGGAGGAGAGGAUAGGGCCAGGCUGGGUGCAUCUUCGCCUCACUGUCACGGAGAAUUUGACCUUGAGCACCGCGGGACAGCAUGGCACGCACCUGGCGAGCGUUUUCCUCCCGCCCCACUUGCAUAGUCUCCACCUGACGGCCAGCAACCUAACCACCGACUGCCACACAGGACGCGUGGUGUGGCGGGUGGAGGGGGACUGGGUAAGCGUCCCUUUAGCAGAAGAACGACAAGGCGGAGGAGACGGAGGAACCAACUACCAUCACCCUUUCCUCUUAUACUCCCGCCACGAAGUCCUCCCGUCCUUAACCAUCCCAGGCAGUUUAAAAAUCCUCACUCUAGCCUGGGAUCCCAUUAAUGCACAUAUCAACGCUACCACUACCUCCUCAAACCCCCUAACUAGAGUCGAGAGUGAGGUUACGCCAUUUGAAGACUCCACUACAGGGUUGGAAGCUUCCUCUGGCGCGACUGCCCUCCCUCCCGCUAGCCUAUUACAGCCGCUGCCUCCUCUCACCCCCUAUCGUAUGAGGCUUGCGUGCAGGGACGAGGGUGAUGAGGAUGGUGAAGAGGAGGGCGUGUUGUGUGAAGUGAGGGAGGACACAGAGGAGGGGAAGGAAGAAGGAGGGCGUCUGCUGGGGACCCUUCACGCCCCCUCCACACCCCUAGUGCUUCGGGUUCGCGGUGAAGGGCCAGAAACACUCUUCCUCCAGCAAGACACAACGCCUUCAGAGCACCCAUCCGCCGCCAGCCUGUCACCCUUGCAUCCCACCCUCUCCUCGCCGCCGUCACCGCCGCCCUCCCUCACCAACCCACCAAAGCCCGAGCCUGACCCCUCCCAGGACACCCUACAGCCCCCAACCACGCCAACACCUGCGCCAGAUGGGUCAGGAGGCGGCGGAUCGAGUGGGCAUCGCAGCGGCACCUCGGCGGGCUGGAGCGGCUGGUGGGUGAUUCUGACGGCGCUGCUCGCUUUCCUCCUGGUCUUUGCCAUCAUCAUGUGCUUCGUGUCGCAUUACCACAGACCCAAGCUGGAGAAAUACCUCGAGGGUCUGCAUCUGAUCCCGGAGGGUUCUUCACUAGAGGACCUGCUCGAUCUCCCGCAGCAGCAGCAGGAGCGCCGCCCCCUCAUGCUUCGCUCCGUGUCCGUCAUCAACACGGAGGACUUCAACGCCGCCGCGCCGCUGAGGUUAUGGAACGCGGUGGCAUCAGGGGACGAGAUGGAGGUGAAGCAGGUGAUGGCCACGCUGAACCCUGACCCCAACUCCACCCUGGCGGGGAUGGACACGACGCCCUACGAGGAGGCCCACCACCGCGGCCACACCCCCGUGCUGCGCGUGCUGGAGGAGGCCAUGGAGAAGCGCCCCGACACGCCCCACAACGAUAUGGUCAUCAGCGUGUUGCAGGCACACACGAAGAAGGUGGAUGCCGUGUUCGAGGCCGCGAGUGGAGGCCAGUACAGACACACAGCGGGCGUCGAUGUCCUGCUGAGGGCCUACAGUCUCCCCGGCACCGUCCACGACCACCAGGGCCGCUCCCUCCUGCACUACGCUGCCUCCGUCCAACUGGCUGACGGCGGCCCGCUGUGGCUGGCCCAGGACGUGCGAAGUUUGGUGGAGAGUCACGGGGUGUUGGUGAACGCCGUGGACUUCAAAGGCUGCAACGCGUUACACCUCCUCAUGGAACACGCCAAGAACAACGAAGAAAUCACGUGCUGGGACGGAAAGACGCUGAGUGUGUGCGAAGCGUGGCUGGGUCUGGCCAGCCUGCUGAUGGAGGUGGGCUGCGACCCUCGCCUCCUCGACCACCGCUACCGUCCACCUCACCAGCUACCCAUAGCAGAGCAAAACCUCGCCUGGCAAACCGUCGUUGCCUUUCAGGCCGCGGCCAGUCUGGGAACACCGAAAUCCUCGCCCUCGCUUGAUAAGUUCCCCGAGAUGGUGCACGCGUCGGCCCGGGGAGACGAGGACGCUGUGCGGCGGCUCCUGGUGAGCGGGGUGCGUGUGCUGCCGCUCGGGGGCCACCGAGACCCCCUCCUGGAGGCCGUGAGGGGCGGCCACCGCAACACUGUCUUCCUCCUGCUGGCAGCAGGAGCUCCACUUUGUGCUUACGGGCUUCUGGGUAACACACCCUUCGACGCCGCCCACCGCACCCUGGGCCUCCCCGGCCUCUUCCCGGCCCUCAUCAGGAAGGAGUUUUGUGACAGACUGCAGGAAGAGCUGGAGGAACUUAGUGCGUCUGACAAGGAGCACACCGGCACCGUCGAGGGACUCAUCCAACUCAAGAGCAUCGCCGAGGUGUCCGGACACAGACUUGGGGAUCAACUGAACAGCUGGCGAGACCGUCGCUCCUCCAUCUCCUUCCCCAAUCCUACCGACACCCUGAACUUGGCGGCCUCGCUGGGCCUCACUCUGACGUGCCAGCUGCUGGGCGUUGCAGGGGUGCCUCUUCACCCUCUCCCACAUCUCCCUCACCCCCUCGUUCGCGCCCUGACCCGUGGCUACUACCACACGGCCUACUCUUUGUGUCGAGACUUGAAGAUGAAUCCUUUCAGUGCCGGCGCGGCUGCCAACACCGUUCCCGAGCAGCUCGUGGCUGAUCUCCAGGAAGGUGAAUUGAAAAGGUUUGAGAAAAAACUCUUAAAGAAAGGGACGGGGGCGACUGUUGCCAAUGACUUACUUCAGCGUGUGCGGGGCGACAACAACUCCCACACUCUCAAACAGCUGCAGACGGUCCUGUACCUGUUGGCCGAGCUGAACCUCGUCACUCUGCUGCACCGCAUGAGGCAGAGGCUUCCGGACCUGGACUUCAACAUACGUGUCCACACCGCCUCGGCGAGCACCAUGCUGCACGUGUCGGCGGCCUACGGCAAGACGACGAUGGCGGAAUACCUGCUGAGUCGAGGAGCCGAUCAGAAGCGGCUGACUCGCGGCGGGCUGGUCCCCUCCCACCUGGCAGCGCUGAGGGGCCACACGGAAUGCGUCGAGUACCUGGUGGGCUGCAGCAGGGCGGAACCUCAGGGCAGCUGGGGCCUGAAUCCCGCGCAAUGUCUCCAAUACUUCAACGAAAACGCAUCGAGUCGCCACUUGGACAUUCUGACGGAGCAGGAGGCGACGGCCAUCAUGGGAGCAAAAGGGGAGCUCACUAAGGCCCAGCUGAUCCUGACGGGCAGGUGUAGUAAGCUGGGGAUCACGUCGCCUGGUGCCCUGUGGCGUAUGCUGGAGGACGAGGAGAAUAAAGUAAAAGCGUAUGCCUCGAAUGAGCUUGAUGAGUCUAUCUUGUGUGAUAUCAAAGAACUCAGUCGACAAAUCGGGGAAAUUGACGAAAGGUUUUGUGGGGAGGUGGUGAGUUUUCCGUCAGUAAAGAGGAGGUUGGAUCUGUUCCUCCCAGACAACCUCGAGUUUUACAUUGAUCUGGACAAGUACAGCGCUCUCGAGGGAGGCUGUAUCACUAUGCUGAACGGCAAUAACUCUCCCAGAGGCUUCGUGGCGGGAAUAACCUCCACGAAAAACCACGAACUCUUCAACGGUGAAAACUUUACGAACACCUUCCGGAGAGUGGUUCAGGAAGCCCUCACUGCCACGACCUUCACCACCCUGAUACUGGUGCCUCCCUUCCUUGGCCACACGCCCGGAGGAGUGUGUCUGCACGCUGCCCUCAAGUAUCCUUCCACGGUGGUGUUGGUGAAGGUGACUGUGACCCCCGUGAUCAAGGCCACAGUGCCCCAGUGGGCUAGUCUGGACGGGAGAACAGUGAACCCCGGAACCAUUGCUCAAGAGUACCUGGCAGCUGGUACUGGAAGCCACUGGGUAUUCCUCCUCAACCACCUGGUGGAGUGGGUGGUUACGCAGGGCGAGGAGCACGAGUGGCGGGUGCUCCAGGCCUGCCUCUUCUUCAUCAAGCUCCUGGAGACCUGCUGGUGGCUGCCCAAGAAGGAGACGCGUGACUGUGGGGUGGCGUGCCAGACGCUGCCCGUGGGUGUGGCCGUGCCGCCCACCUCCACCCUCCACCUACACUUUAUGGAGGAACUGCUGGGGGAGAGGAGGGACGCGUGGACCAAAGAGUACUGGCUCAACCGCCUGAUGGGGGUGGCCAGAAGGGCGUCCCUCCCCCUGGGUGUUGAGAGUCCCAUAGCAACCCUCAGACCCACCGCCGCCAUGCAGGCCACACUACAGUUCCUGACGGGCCUGCAGGCCACAAACGGGCAGGCUGCGGUGACCUGACGCACGUGCCUUGUGUCGAGUGGCGCUUAGCUGUGCAGCACACACACACACACACACACACACACACACACACACACACACACACACACUCACACACACACACUCUGCAGGCAUACUUUGCAAACAUACAAGUGAGGACGACUACUUAGCUUAUUUUUGUUGCUGUUAUUAUUAUUGUUCCUGUUACUGCUGCUGCUGUUGCUGUGUGUGUGUGUGUGUGUGUGUGUGUGUGUUCAAUUGUGAUACUAUUAUGAUGUGUCAAAUUAGAUUAAAGUUUCAUACGCAA